UUUUCGGUUCAACCAAAAGGAAAAGGAAGGCUCCUCGACCUAGAAUCGGUCCAAAGUUGUGUUCGUCCCAGCGAGUAACGGGAGAGCGUUUAGAGAGUAGAAGAUCUCUGGAGAACGGUCCAGAGGAAGGAGGUUUGAGGAACGAUGAUCGUGCCACGUGUGCAGCCGAUCGAUAGGCAGCUCGAUGACGUAGGUCGUUGCUCCGAUUGGAUCGGUAAACGGUCGGGCUACGCGGACAUCCACGAGAAUGUCGCUUGGACAUACUGUCGCUUCGCCUCUCAGCAGAGCGUAGAUAACGAUGCAUUAGAGGGAUCUUUCGUGGAUCAAGCUGAGGCCGACUUCCAGCCCAACCCGGGCUUUUACGAUGCUUCCUUCGGUUGCGAUCGGUCGCAGUCGCUUCCCUCCGUCUGUGUCGAAGAAUCGCCUUCCUUCUGCAAUCAGUUUCGAGAUUGCGCUGUGAACUCGGACCCGACUGCCCCUCGGAACUGCCAGCAGGGCCCCAUAGACGUGGAGGACCUGGCUCUCUACUUCGAGUCGGAUAAAUCCCAGACGAACGCUUUCUCGCGAGGAUCCAAUAGUCCUCACUUCCGUCGACCAAAGACGAAACGUGCCUAUUAUCCCAAACAUCUGCCAGCUUUCCCGACAACCUGCGUCCUUCGAGGAAACGAUUUCGCUGGCGACUGGCUCGAUCCACAGCUCUGCGACGGAUGCGAGCAGAACUUCAACUUCUGCAGCGAGGAACGGUGGCUCCAGUGUCCCGCGAGCGAUCGUUGCCCUCUUUGGGAGCCUGGGUACUCGUACGACCCGAAUGUCCUGCCUCCCUGCGCUUACGAGGACCUGCGAAACGAGUACUGGCAGCACGAGGGCGAACAGUUGCUCGAGGAUUACCUGAGUAACGAGAAACGGAAGGAAAAAUCUCGGGACGCCGCGCGAUGUCGUCGAAGCAAAGAGACGGACAUUUUCACCGAGCUCGCCGCCGCGCUUCCGGUUCCACCUGACCAGGCAGCUCACCUGGACAAGGCCAGUGUUAUGAGGCUCGCGAUCGCGUACCUCAAAGUACGUUCAGUGGCCGAUACCAUGCCACCACCAGUGACCAAAUCGGAGACGUCCAGUGAAAUGGACGACUUGUUCUCCAAAGCCUUGAAUGGAUUUAUGCUGGUGCUUUCGAGUGACGGGAACAUGGUCUAUCUCUCGGAGAACGUCAGCGAUUAUCUCGGCGUUUCUCAGAUGGACAUGAUGGGCCAAAGCGUGUACGAGUACAGUCAUCCGUGCGAUCACGAUGAGCUGCGGGAAUGUCUCUCCUCCAAGCCAACCGAGGAUAAUGAUAAACGAGCGUGUAGCUUCUUCCUGAGGCUCAAGUGCACUCUGACCAACAAAGGAAGGAAGGUCAACUUGAAGAGCGCUACGUACAAGGUGAUCCACUGUAUCGGCAGAGUGACGUACGUUCGCACUCCUGUGUCAAGUUCCAUGGAAAGCGACGACGAGGAGCGCAAGAGCGAAGACGAGGCCGAAGAGGCCGACACGGGUGCUUCCUUGGUGCUCGUAGGGUGCCCCAUACCGCAUCCUAGCAAUAUCGAGGUUCCCUUGGGACGACAAACUUUUCUUUCGAAGCACAGCCUCAGCAUGAAGUUCACCUAUGCCGAUGAAAAGCUGGCCGAGUAUCUCGGCUGGAACAGCGAGGAGCUCAUGGGGCAGUCAGUUUUCGAGUUUUAUCACGCCCUCGACAACCUGGCCUUGGACAAGUCUUUUAAAUCACUGUUCAGCAAGGGCCAGUGCGAGACUGUGGCCUACAGAUUCUUGGGGAAACGUGGAGGAUACGCAUGGGUGGUGACACAGGCCACCCUCAUCCACUGUUCCAAGCAGCAGAAGCCGCUCUCCGUCGUCUGCGUGAAUUACGUCGUAAGCGGCGUGGAGCACGAGGAUGAAGUGUACAGCGCGCGUCAGCUCGCAGCACGUGACACCGAGCAGCAGAGCCUCGUGAAGCCCGAGAAGCUGGUCUCUCCCAGCGAGACUGUUCCGCUUACGAAGCUGCAACUCCAGGUGCAGGUGGAGACCGACCUCGAAGAGGUCAUCGAAGACCCGGUAGACAAGGAAUACGCUUCGACGCGCGCGGAAGAGGAGUCGAGCAGCCCUCCGUUCAAGCGAGCGAAACCCUUGGCCGUGACGACAUCCACGUUUCGCUUGGCGGGCCAGAAGGCCGAAAAGGAGCCGGGUCGGCUUCAGGACGGCUCGCGGAAGGAUAACACCUUCCCGAGACCGGUCCACGGCACAGACAAAUCCUUCGUCGGUGUGCAAGCUCUCAAGGACUCGCUCGAGGAGUCCCUCAAGGAAAACGAGGAGCCGAAACGAAAGCGGCAAACGCCUGCGCGUCUUCCGUUUAUCUUCCAGGGCAAGCCCGCGGUGGAAUACGAUCCAGAGGCCACGGUUCGUCGAGACAGGCCGCAGGCGGUCACCAGACACCUGUUUGCCCCCAUAUCUGCGCAGCAACAGCAACAACAACAAGAACAGAUCACCGCUUGCCGACCACCGCCGCAGACCACAACAGCGAGCACCUUCGCGCCUCGUACCGAGGACAUGAACAAGGGUUUCUUGACUUUCAGCGAAGAUCACCCUGGCCUUACGAUGUUGAAGGACGAACCAGAGGACUUGACGCAUCUCGCGCCGACACCUGGCGACGUCUGCGUCCCCCUGGAGGACACGCCGUUCCUCACCGACAUGCUGGACGAGUUUAUUCUCAGCAACGAGAAUUAUUGUCCCCUGUUGAGCCCUGGUAGCGCUCUGCCGUCGGAAUUGCGCUCCACGGAUUUCGGUGACCCUCUGAAGGACGCCGAUUUGGGCGACAGCUCGAGGGACAAGAGCCUGGGGGAGUCGCUGGCCGACAGCGAUCCCUUCAUGUACGGGGAUUCGCCGGGAAGUCCUUGCAGCAUCGACCCCAGCUCUGUUUCGCCUUCCUUCGCUAAAUACCGUCAAAGCCCUGAACGAAGUAUAGAUUCGCUAGGCAGCCCAACGGGUGGCAGCGGGGCUGAGGGGCUGUCAGAGGAUGAAAUGUUAAUGUUGGGUCUCAGCGACAGCAUCGCAGACGACGAGUUAGCGUUGAGAGCCCCGUACAUCCCAAUGUCGGACCAGGACGAGGCACUGGACCUGCUCAUCAGCGACGACAUGGUGAUGUGGAGUCCACCGCAUACCACAGACAAAAAUUGCUCUAAAUGGAUUAUAGACGAGAAAGACCAGCGACCGUCCGACUCGAGUUUAGCGCAACUGUUAAAGACAGACCACCAGGUCGUCUCCAAAAAGUUCAGCGACCAUGGAGGCGGGCUGGUCAAUCCAGUUCAAGUUCUUGGCCAAAUUCCCAGAAAAAAUACGAGCCUAGACACCAGCCACUGGCCCUCCAAGCUGGACAGACCCACCAAGCGCAUACACACUGUCUCGAUGGACACAGUGCGCGAGAACAAGCGCAUCAAGUGUGACGAGUCGACGAAGAUCGAUCCCCUGAUUUUGGAGGAUCACUUGCACGGCAAACAACAAUCGUCCACGAGGAAAUCGACAAGUAUCGGUGGCAGCAGCCAGCUGCUGCGUCGUCUCGUGUCCCAGCAAUCGAUUCAACGGAACAAUGGUUACCCGGUCGAGUCGUUCGGGAACGCUAUGAGCAAUCACGGACAGAGCAAUAAUCGGAUGUUGGCCGAGUUAGAGGUCGUCGACGAGGGGGAAGGGGAUAGCGGCGGUGGCGGUGACGGUGGCGGCGGAAGCGAGGGCGGGGGCGAGGACGCGAGUCGAAACUCUCUGCGUCAGGCUACUGCGAGCUGCAACAGCGUGCUAAUGAAUCUCCUGGUGUCCGGCUGCGACGAGAACCUGAUGGAGUCGCGCAACGUUCCCACGUCGCUUCCAAAGGGUCUGACUUCGCCACUUUCUGUGAACCUGGAGAACCAAAUGGUGCCUCAAUGUCCCCGUUCAGGUGGAUCCACCGCGUCCUAUGAGCUCAGCCCAGACGUGAAGAAACACCUACUACCUGGAACAUUCAUCAACGAAGGGGGAUCACUCGCCUCGCCCUCUUCGACAACGAUGUCUUUCGAGAACUUCGACUAUGACCCGACCUUGUCGACCAGCGGACUGCUGCAAGUACAGCCAGACCUCUUCGGGUCUCUGCUGGAUCGGAAUCUCGUCUAAGCAAUAGCGUUCGAUGCGAAGCAACACAACGGUUCGUCGCUGAUUCGAUAGGGAUUAGAGUAGACAAUGCAAUAUCCGGAUCGGUGUAGAUUGCGAGAAUUUAACCCUUUCGGUGCUGUAUUCUGUAAUUAGCGAUUAAGUCUAUCAAUGUAAACCUUAGGAGGCCUUCAUGACAUGGUUCAUUAUUGUUGAUAUUAACUGAAACGGGUUCUUCAGGAUUCAGAUAACAUUCAUCAGUAAAAUUUAUAUACCGCUUGAUACAUAAUUUGUACCAAUAUCGAUUUGAAAAUCUUGUAACAGUAAAAAUUUCCUUAAUUCUGUUUAACAUAUAUAUAUAUAUAUAUAGUUUUAGCAGAAGCAGAAUGCAAAGUUUGUCAGACUUUGAACCAUCGAAGAAGCUAGUUGGAUUACUUUACUCAAAAGUAAGACUUAGAGAUUCAGUUAAUAUCAAGGUGAACUUUGGGACACGUUACCAGAGUUCAGCAAGCGUGUUCAACGAAAUGUUCUUAGCACCGAGAUGGUUAAACGAUAGAGCGAUGCGCGUCGGGACGACUCGUGGUAGAUCGGCGAUUUCGCGUGCUGUUCAGAGAUAUCCAUAUUUUUUCACCUGUAAUCGUGCCGCGUGUCGUUUCGACCCGUGGGUCCAGCGAUCGAGGGGUCUUUUUAAACGAGAAAGUGCCAAUGCAUUUUUAGAAAGCUAGCUGUUAGGUUGUUCGGCGCGAAGGAACGGUCCUGCUUAUCGCACAGACAAUGAUCAUGAUAUAGAAUUCAAUUUUAUUAAUUAUAUUACAAUGCUGCCGUAUGAGCUGGAGAGAUUGUUCAUUAAAAAUCAUGGGUAGUCUUGUGAAAAUAAAUCGAGGAAAAAUAUCUUCUUAUACCUCAGCGUUUCAACUCGCGUUAUCUUUUAGAAGUGAAUUGAAUUGCAAAUGAUGAAAAACAAAAUUGUAAUGUUUCAUUUAUGCAAGGCGACCAAUAUUUUCAGUUAAAAAAAUUCAAUUCGCGUAAAACAGAGCAUAGUUCUUCGUCUGAAGAUAAUAAUUCGGCCGCGUGGGACGAGUGCAUUUAAUCACGCGAGCGUGUUUUUUAUCGCAUUGAUACAUUUUUGUAUUUCUCCAUUGUAUGAAGAAGUAUAGAGGAUAAUCAAUGUCACCGUGGAAGAGAUAUCGAAUGGAAAUUGUAAAUAAAAAAUUGAAUUGCUAUAAGAACGCGUAGCGCUCGUUGAUUGUGUUUCGACGAGCAAAUGCUACGCGCUUGCGACGAGUCGUGUGCGAUGAAAAUCCGUUGAUCGCGGUUCUCGUCGUUGUUGUUACUGUUUUUUAAUAGUUUUUAACAAAGCCAAACCAAUUAUCAGUUGUUACUAUCAUACAUAUAUCACGAUUAUCGUUCUUUGCACGCGAACAAAGAACAAAAUGAGUAUGCUAAUUGUGUAUUUUUAUUAUUACUUAUCGAUGCAAUCAGUGUAACGGCAUACUAAUUUUAUUAUUUUUACCAUCGUCUGUAUUUUUAUUCUCGGCACUUCACCAUCGUUAUUGCCGGUCUUUACCUGUAACACGAUGCUGGUACAGACGAAUAUUAUUGCGAGAGAAUGAGUUAUGAUAAAUAAAUAAAUGGUCUUUCUAAUA